AUGACAGCGAAACCAGAUGCUAAAGUCGGUCGAUUGUCAAACGAAGAUUUCUCCAAAAACAGUCAUUCGCAUCUCAAUUCAUUUCCUUCCCAUCAAUCACAUUGUCCUCCCAUGAUGCUCGAAACGCAUGGCCCUAGUUCCUUGCCUCCGUCAUCCCCGUCCUCCUCCUCCUCCUCUUCGUUUAGAAAGCCACAAAGGAAACCGCGAAGUCAAUCUCUUGUUUCUUCGCCCAGCGGUUCUGCAAAAGAGAAAACGCCAAUGUAUACACCGGAGCAUAUUCAAGACCUGUCGGCCGUUUUGAAUGCUUCGGAUCGUGCAGUCCCCCAAUUGUCUGUGGCUCCUCCUCCUGAAACAGCCCAAAAUUUGCAUCAAGAUUCGUUCAUUGCUUACCCCCAAGACUCUUCUCAUGCUUUGGCAAACAACCAGGAUCAAUCGAUCUUUUCUUCUUUUUCUUCUUCUUCUUCUUCCCCAAAAAAAUCACAUCCUUUUGUUAAUUCGGAAUCACAUAUUGAUGCCCCCGCAUCCCAUUCAGCUCUUCUUUCCGAUGAAAAAGAUAAUAAUGCUGUUCUUAACGAGGCUUCCAUCUCCCACGAGUCCCCUCAUCCUUCUUUCCCUACACAGCAUCAUCAUCAUCCUCAUCAACAAUCUCACGAGUCAAAUUUUUCAUUGCCCAUCACUAUCGACCACAAAACCCACCCUGACAUUGACAAUGACCAAAUAUUCGUAUCUUCGAGUUGCCCCACUCAGCACGGAUUCCCUUCACAUUCUCGAGACUCCUUCAAAGACAUCCAGCCCGAUCCUGAUCUAGCUUCCUUACCCAGAAUUCAGCUCAUGCUCCUUGGAGCCGACGACAGCGAAAUCAAGAAAAACGCCCUUACUCAAGUUGAUUAUCUCUCUCAUGAUUGGAAUGAGACCGACAUUUGGGCUAGUUGGCGUGAAAUCACGAAAUCAAAAGAUAGUUACGAGAAUGGCUUGCGUUUAGAAAACGCUUCUUGGCGUUCUUGGAUCAAAUAUAAAUAUCAUCUUCCUACCAUCUCUCCCGAAACCUUGAACUGGCUUAAAGAAUGCGAUGUAACUUGGCUCUAUGGCCCGUUACUCCAUGCUUCGAUGCCUUCUGUUCAUCAUUCACAAAUGUUAAAGCAAAAACACCGCCAUGCUAACGACUCCAACCAAAAUCUUGAUGUGAGUGGACAGCACGAGUCUGGUAGUGAACGCAGCUCUCAAAGUUCUAUAAGCAAAAAGCCAAUUUUAAAACGGCGUUCUCCUCAAGAGGUCUUACUUUCCGGUCGAGAUGUUACACCUCGUCUUCAGGCGUCUCGUUUGGACAGCUACUUGCGUUAUCCCUCCAACGAUGCAGCUCUGAAUUCAAACACCUAUGGCCUUCGACCUCCCAUCUUCGGACAAUCCCAUUCUUCCCAACCUUCUCGUCGAAUCCAUUUUAAUGAUAAAGUCCAACAAUGUAUCGCUGUCGAUGUUGACCACUCCGUCUCUGGAGGUUCCAGUGCCACUGAUUUAGACGACUAUGCAGCAUCCGAAGAGACAAAAAAGUCAGAUGAGGGCUCAAAUGAGGUAUUAUCGGAUGGUUCUCGAGCCUCGCAAUCAAACAACUCGCGUUGUAUAGCCGAGUUACCAGACUCGACGUUGAAAGCAUCGAUCGAAGAUCAAAUCCAUUGCCCAGAGAAUAAGGAUCUUUUUGGUCGUGAUGGUAGAAGCCGUUUUCCCAGAGUUCCAGAGUACUAUGGUGAAAAUGACUUUGAGGAAGAUGAAGUAUAUCGCGAAGAUCGCCAUUAUGGAGGUUUUAAAGAUUAUGAUCACAACAUCAUUGAUGAUGGUGAUGGUUAUCAUUCCGACGAAGAUACAUUCACCGUUGAGGAUGUAAACAACUAUCACGGUGAGCAAAGUGAUGAUUCUAGCAAUGAUGAAUCUCAGUUCUUAGAGUAUGCCAACGAUAAGGAUAGUCUUGAUGAAGAAGAAUUAAGUGAAAGUCCUCCAGAUCAUGAAUCUAUGCCUUCAAGUCCAUAUUCUGUUUUCUCACGUACGCCUUCCGAUGCGGGAUCAAUUGGAAACAGAAGUAUUUAUUCUCCUUACCUGCAUUCUCCCAAUGAGUCGAACGUUUCGCGUUCGGUUGAUGGAAGAGCUGCUGAUGAACCUUGCUUUGACAUGAACGGCAUGAUGUCAAGCAAAAACCCGGCUCAUGAAAAAACUGCUAACAAAACAAACUCGUCUCCCUUGGCUUCGUUCUCACAGCAAAUUAGUACUGCCGCACCUACGACUGCUGAAAAUCUGCAGACAGUUUCGCUCGGACCGUCUUCCAUGGAACCUGAAGAAAAUGAUUCAGAUAUACUUGAUGGAGUGCAUACACCUAAAGUACCUAGUAUUCAAGGGCAAUAUUCGCAAGUGCAGUCUUCGGAUGAUGGAAAUAGAAGAAGCAAACAGCAGAAGGACUCAGGCUCGAAUGCGGAUCCUGCGAACAGGUUGGUUGGCAUGUUGCAAAAUAAACUGAAGUCGUGGAACGAGUAG